AUGGAGGGACUUCCUCAGUUACUGAAAGCAUGGGCUACACAGGAGAUGAAAUUUCAGAAUGUUGCUUACAGUUCCAGUGAUUUCAUUCCUUUGCCCACAGAGAAAGACUUUGAACAAUUAUGCAAGAAACCUCUGGAUGAUGUUUGGAGAUACGUACUGAAGCAUGUGAAAUCCAAGCAAUCUGUAAGGGAGAUCAAGGGCAACAUUGAAUUAUAUAAGAGACUGGGUUUGCAGAAGUCUGUAAAAACUCAGCAAACAUCACAAGAGACGUCGGAGCAGAAUGCGCUGCAACAAGCCAAGGCUGAGCUGGUGAGAGAGUUGACCAGCUGCCGGUCAGAUGUUCAUCAGCUGCAUAAAGAGAUGAAUCAUCUGAAACAUGAAGUGAUGGAUGCAGAACUGGCUUACCAGAGUGCUCGUCAGCGAGUAAGAGAUCUGCAAAAGAAAGAGGUCAUCCUUGAGGUUGCUGGAAAAUGUGCUGAGGAAACAGUUGCCAGAUAUUCUGAAUAUGACCAAAGAGUGGAGAAGCUAUACCAGAAUAUGACUAGACAGUGUGAAGGUCAUAAAAACAAUUAUGUUACAAGAGGAAUUAAGAACAAAGUUGGAGAUCUGGAGACAGAGUGUUGUCGGGAUGUGCGCCUCGCAUGUGAAGUUAUUGAGGAGUUUCUGCACAGAAUCAUUGAUGGCUCAUUUGGAGACAAAACUACUCUAGAAAAUGCUCAGAAGCAGCUGGCGGAGAAGAUCGAAGCAGUAGCUUCUGCUCACAACAUAAGCUCUCUUGUCUCGGCUCUGGUCACUAACAUCAACUAUACAUCCAAGGAGCUUCAGGAAAGAACUCAGCAGAUCAGCAUCGCCAAAGAUGCAGAAGCCCUCAGUUUUUCAUAUGACGCAAAGGAUGGCCUUCGUGACAUGUCUUCUCCUCCAUCUGUACAGAAAAGUGUUCAAGAACUAUUGCUCGCUGGCAAUGAACAGCAUGUGAUGCGCUGGUUCCAUGAACAAGAGAAGAUCAAUGAACAGUGGAAACUCACAGCUCAGCUCGACGAUAUCAUGAUGGACAUCCGCAAGCAAGUUCAGAGACUCAUAGGAGACCAGCCCCGCUGUGUUCAGUUGGCCAACAGUUACAUUGAUGCUCAAAUCCAGCUUGCUGAAGAGAGAUCAGUACUGCCAUGUCUGAAGGCAGAAGCUUGCAGUCUCAAGAACAAAAUUGCAAAAGCCAAACAAGAAAGACAAGAGCUUCAUCUGAAGUACGAGAAGAUUCAAGACUUUAGAGGACUUGUUGAAAAGAAGCAGAAUAUUAUCAGUACUUUGGCCAGACAGAACGCGCAAGCUCCAGUGAAACUUGACUCUCAGAAAAAACAGGUGAUGAGCUACAUCCUGUCACGAUCCAUGAGCUCCCAUGCUGCCCAAGUUCAUCGCUUGACAGACGGUUUGAAGAACAGCUUCAUUUCGGAACUGAUGAAGUUUGAUUCUCUGGAUAUAUCUUGUUUUGUAACAGUGUCUUUAGACAGCAAUACUCGCCAGUGUGUGCUUGACCUGUCCAUCGCCCCGUCCAUCCACCCACUCGCCCAUGAGAAACUCCACAUGUACACAGAUAUUCGCACAGCUGUUGGCUUUCCUGCAUUUAAGUCGACAGACAGUUUAUUCUUGCAUGUACUGGACAUCCACAACCAAAUCCAAGAGCUUCACCAGGCCCAGCAGCGACGACAGAACAGUGUGAGAACAGCCAUGACCGCAGCGAACACAACCGAUGAUCUCAGUACUUUUCUUGCCAGUGUUCAGAGGAAUUUGGAAGACAUGUGUCAGAAAGCUAAAGAGCAUGACCGGGCCCAAUGUGACAAGUUACUGCCCAAGCUACAGAAAAGUCUGAAAGCUAUCUUAACCUGUGCCUCCCAGAUGUCAGACCUACAGAAACAAGUCAAUAUUUGGUGGGAGCAACCAGCUCAGUUUACCACGCCAUGGGUUGUCACCGAGGGCAUGACCUUUGACCAGUGGUUGAGGAAGUGGAGAGUGGCCGUCACCAUGCAUCACAAAAAGAUGAUAGAAUACAAAUGUGCGGCCAUGAAGCAACAGGAUUCAGCCAGCAAGUCCUGA